AUUUACUCCAGCGGCUCUCAUUGAUCCCACAACACCAGACCAACAUUUUCUCCCUCCCUCCCACGGUCCCUUGCCCCCUCCCCCACAUCUUCUUCUGGUUCUUCCGGUUCUUCUGCCUUCUCUGCCUCCUCUGCCUCCUAGACUCUCUCACCCACCCAACAUGAAGAAUCCUCCCAACCUCAAAAUCGCCACUGAGUCAUCCGGACGCCCAUCUCCAGCUCUGCAGCCUUUAUCGACUCACACCUCUAACAUCCAGGCACCCCUCCGCGCCAUCAACGCAAUGACUAGCCUCAGGCCAGCCGAGCGAGUGUCUUGCACAUUCCCCGGCUGCAAUUUCGAGUUCGACUCAGUUGCAGCCAUGAAGCUUCAUAAAGAACGAUACCCCGAUCAUGAGUACUGUCGCAAGUGCGACCUCGACUUCAUGUCCGAGGAGCAGCUACUCAUUCACAAGAUUAAAAGCAAGGAUCAUACUGUCUGUCCUGUGUGCGCAAUCGAGUAUCGUAGUGAGGGAGGUCGCGACUCUCAUAUUCGGCAGUUCCACCGCACGGCCCAAAACCUCGUCUGCCCUGGAUGCAAACUGACCUUCAGAAGCGCCUCUGGCCUCAUGCGGCACAUUGAAAACGGUGAAUGCCGCAUCAUCUCGCAGGAAGAACUCCGCUACGAACAAAACAAGAGGCUCAUGCUCAAGGAGACCCUCGAGCUCUCCUCACCUUCUGGUCUCCGCAUUCACGGGGGAUCGGUUGUUGAUGAUGAUUAUGAGCAGGGCGGGGUCUCUCUCCCUGUGGAUCUUCUUUGUGAGGAGAACAUUCAGGCCAUGGCAAACCAGCCCAUGUACGGCAAAGGGAGUGCCGAUAAAGAACUCGCAGCAAAACAUUGGCCCUCAUUGAAACAGAAGGAGAAUGAGACUGGCCUAGAGGAAGAUAUCAGAGACCUGAUGACCUUCACCGAUGCCGAACCGAAGGAGGACAAGGAGGAGGAAACGAGCAAUGCCUGGAAGGAUAGAGGCCGCGUGCCUACUGUCGUUGGUACUGAGCUCACCUAUCAGACCCAGCCUGCCUCAGUCUCCACCCCCAGCGCGACUGGGGCCCGCACCGACGCAGCCACUCAUCUGCGCAGAAUGUAUGCGGAGUGGAAACCGGAGAAGUACAUUGACCAAUACACCGACGAAUAUGUCUGCCCCUGUGGAAAACGCUUCAAGAGCAAAAAGGGGUUUGAGCAGCAUCUUCUCGCCAAAAAUAAGUCGAUUCGCAGAGUCCAGUGUCCCGGCUGUCUUCGCAACUUCAAGUCGACUGCUGCCCUAAUUGCGCACUGUGAAUCUUCUACGACCCGCUGCGAUGUCAACGAAGGCAACAUGUACGCCCAGAUCAUCGACGAAGUCUCGGGCGGUAUGAUCCAGAUGGCGGGACUCAAUGAAGAUGGAACUCUAAAAUACGAGGGUGGCAAGGUUAAGAUCCAAGAGAAGGUUACCAUUGGCGUGAAAUGGUAA